AUGAGCUCGCCUGCCGACCAUCUCCCUCUCCCUCUGCCCGAGAAUGCUAUCAACGCUCUCUUGGAGACCUUGCGCCUGCCUCUAGCCACAUCGAUCAGCAACCCCAAAACGAUGGCUCAAUAUCAUUCAGUCUACUUCCUCACUCUGCCGCCUACCGAGCUCUCACGCGGCUACUCCGAACUCAUUCUUCGCGUCGCAGGCAACCAUAUCCCCAAGAUCAAGACUAUGAAUGAGAUUGGUGUCAUGACCUGGGUAUCCAAGAACACCACGAUCCCAUUACCCGAAGUCAUAGCCUACGAUGCCUCCACGAGGAACCCGAUUGCUCACGAGUACACCUUGUUCUCGCGCAUCCCGGGAGUCACGCUCAGCGACAUCUACGGUAGCCUGAGCGACAAGCAACAAAACGACAUCCUUGACCAGCUCAUGGAUUUCCUCACCCAGCUGCAAGCGCACAAGUUCGAUGGCCUCGGAGGUUUGAUCGUCGACGAUCAGGGCGCGGUUCAUAUUGGCCCAGUUGUGGACGAGACCUUUUGGCAGGUUGCAGAUAUCGAGGCUUUCUGGGGUCUCUUCGAGACCGUAGAGUCUCUCAACAUUGGAGGGCCGUACGAUACCUACAGCGACUACAUGUCUGCUCACGUCAUGAAGUAUAUCCGACUCAUUCGCACCCAUCCAUCGUUGGAGUUCAUGCGCGAUAUCAUUCCUCACAUCUACGGUUUCCUCACCGCUAUCCGAAGACACAGCGACGCGGUCAACAACAUCAAGCAUCGCCUCGCUCACAAAAACUUGCACUUUGCCAACAUGAUGUACGACCCCUCGACUGGCAAGAUCACUGGGGUCCUUGACUGGGAGUUCGCCGGCGUCGUCCCAAGCCCUCAAUGGAACCCUCGACGCUCGUUCCUUUGGAACGGAACUGACACACCCGAAUCCCUAGCGGAAAAGUACAAGUUGAUGGAAGUCUUCGAGAAGCGUUGCAAGGAGAAAGGCUGCACGUUCUUUGAAGAUGCUCAAUACACUUCAACACUUCAGGAGCACAUGCAGGGCGCAGCCGACUUCUUGCGGGCUAUUGUGGAGGUGUCCCCAAGAGGACAGAGGCAGGAUCUGGUAUUGGGUUGGAAGCUCAAAGUGCUGGAGAAUAUUUCCAAGUUUGAGGCCUAG